AUGUCUCAAAGAGCUUCCAAGGCCGAUUCCUCGGUACCCAAGUCGGCAACGACACCGACAGCGUAUCCCGACAUCAACACCCUCCGCCAGGCGAUCCCGAAGCACUGCUUCGAGCCCCGGGUGGUGACCUCGCUGAGCUACCUGGCCCGCGACGUGCUCCUGAUUGGCACACUCGGCUGGGCCGCCGUCCGCUACAUCCCCGCCAUCGACGAUGCCGCCGUCCGCACCGCCGCCUGGAUUGCCUACGGCUUCGCCCAGGGCCUUGUCUGCACGGGGCUCUGGAUCCUGGGCCACGAGGCCGGCCACGGCGCCUUCUCCCGGCACCCGCUGCUCAACGACGUCGUCGGCUUCCUGACGCACUCGAGCCUGAUGGUGCCCUACUACUCGUGGAAGUUCUCGCACCACCGCCACCACAAGUUCACCGGCCACAUGGACAAGGACAUGGCGUUCGUGCCGCGCACCCAAGAAGACUACGAGGAGCGCCACGGCCUGUUCCACACCGAGUUCCUCGAAGACACGCCCGUGUUCCAGGCCGUCUCGCUGCUGUUCCACCAGCUCUUCGGCUGGAUCUUCUACCUGCUCUUCAACGUCUCGGCGGGACGCGGCAGCCAGCAGAAGCCGACGUCGACGUUCCUGGGCCGCAGCCACUUUGACCCCAACAGCGCCGUCUUCCGCCGCAGCGAGGCGCCCUUCAUCGCCCUGUCCGACGUCGGCCUCGGGCUGACCUUGCUGGCCCUGUACAAGCUGUCGGGUGUCGUCGGCACGCAGACGGUGGUGCUCCUCUACCUGCAGCCGUAUGUCUGGGUUCACCACUGGCUAAUUGCCAUCACCUAUCUGCACCACACCCACGUGGAUGUUCCUCACUUUGAGGCUGAGCAUUGGACCUUUGUCAAGGGUGCACUGGCCACCAUCGAUCGCGAUUUCGGAUUUAUCGGCCGCCACCUGUUCCACGGCAUCAUCGAGCACCACGUCAUUCACCAUUUGUUCCCACGCAUCCCCUUUUACUAUGCUGAGGAAGCUACCGAUGCGCUCAAGCCUGUCCUUGGGGAUUUGUAUCACCGUGAUGAUCGAUCCUUCCUCGGACAGCUGUGGUCCAACUUCACUCAGUGCAAGUAUGUCACUGCCGACGAGUCCACCCCCGGCGCUCUCAAGUGGGCGCAAAAGUCCAAAUAA